UCGGGUCUUCCUGACUCCUGGCCCAGAGCUCUAUCCAUUGGGCCACGUAGCUGCCUGAUAACAGAUGUAAAAUAAAGCCAUUGCUUGUCCUGCACAGCUUCUUGUAGACAUAAGGAGUCUUGACCAUCUAAGCUUUUGUUUUCUUUGUAUUUGUAUCAAGAAAUCCUUUGGUCAUAGGCAUUCCUCUCCCUGUUUUUGAGUCUUUUCAGAACCUCUCUCAAGACCCUUAUAAAGCUCCUUGAUAGAUUUGGGAAGUUGAAAAUGGGUGCAGACUCAUUUUUGUUAUUCAUAAAAUGAGGAUGUUGUACCCAGUGGGCCCCAGAUGCUCCUGAAGUAAAGUAUCUUCUCUAAAUAUGUGCUGAUUGGUUGAAAGCUGACAGUCAUCUUGAUUUUGGGAGCCAAAAUUUGUGGAGCCUUGCUUAGGCAAAGAAGUAGCCCCAGACCAAAAAUGUAUAGUAGGAGUCCAGAUUAAAAGGGCAAAUGGGAACAUAUGAAGCUGUCACAUUGAAGAUAUGAGACCAGAUUGAAUAAACCUGCUCCUGGGUCUAGUGGAAAGGGAAAUGAGUAGGAGCAGAAUGUUGAGUUUGGGGCCAUCUUUAAAGUCUGCAUUCUUGCACAGACAGAAUGAAAAUGCACAGUGUGUGCCCUCCUUCCAUCCCCCACAUACUUCAUUCCUUUCACCUCAAAGCCGGUGCUCUUUUUCAUGGUGUGACAAACCCACAUCACAGGGGCAGGGGCCUGCUAAGAUGUUCAGUUCAACAGACCACUGUGUGCAGAGCCCUGUGUUAAGAGCUAGGGAAAUCACAGCUUUUGGAUAAGACUAGGCCCUUGCCCUCCCAGAACCUCUGGUCUGAAGGUGGAAAAGGAAGAAAAGGACCGAGCUUGGAUAAAUGGAAGACACAGUAUUGCAUGGUAAGUACAUUAGAAAAGUACAGAACGUUGUACUGUGUGAGGUUGGGUCUUAGGACAAGGGAAAGGAAAGGUUUUCUAGGCAGAGAUGGGGCAUCGGGGGCUGAGGGAAGGUAUCAGUCGACUGUUUUGAGCUGGAGCCUAGAGCACACGUAGGCAGGGAGUAACCAGAGUUUUCUGUCACCACCGUGGACCUCAGGAAGUAAAAUGAUUAGGAAUGAGCAGAGAGACGGAGCGCUUAUGAAUAAGACCAACUACAGUUACUUGAGGAGCAGAGAGACGGAACGCUUAUGAAUAAGACCAACUACAGUUACUUGAGCUGCUAAGAUUAAAUGACAAGAGCUAUUCAUCUUCCUGUUUCUGUGCAUAAAUUGAUCUUUUGUUUAGGGAAGAAACUUCAGUGAAUGGUUUAUUAUUGCCUACUAUGUUGGAUCAAAGGGUAAUGGUUAUGACACUGGGCAAACCUCCAGGAGCUGAAUCUUUGGUGGGCUUGGACCUGAAGGAAGUUUAAAGAAGCUGAGGUGGGUUAAUCUGAAGAGCACAAGUCUGAGGACCCACCUAACUAGUUUUACUGAGAUGGAGGGAGGUCUCCAUUGCAGCAAGGAACAUUUAAAUUCAGCUUGAGAGAGAAAUAUCUGACAAGAAGGGCUGUGGGAAACUGGAGCCGGUAUGUAGAAUUUCUGUGUAGUGUAGGCCUUGGAUAGAAAAGUGGAAAAGAGGGAGGAAUGCCCUAACCCUGACACUGCCGCUCCCUUGGGAUAAUUCUCUUGUUCUCGCCAAGACUCAGUUUUCCUAUCUGUAAAAUGAGGAUGUUGUACCCAGUGGCCCUCAAAUGCUCCUGAAGCUCUAAGUCUCUGGACUUCAGAAUAGAAAUUUCGCUUUGAAGUAAGGAGCCUUCACUUCUCUUCCCUAGUCCCAUGGGUCUGUCAUUGGUUCACAUAUUCCCUCCAGUGAUACAGCUCAAAGCUUCUCUGGGCUUUGUCCAUCCUUUGUGACUUCCCAAUGGACUCCCCUAAUGUUGCCACAGGUUCUAUCCAGCAUGUAUUUUCUUUUUGUUCAACUCUACCAACAAAGCAACUAUCCUGUCAUUAGAUGAAUAGCUCUCACUACAGCAAAAAUGGAUUAGCGUGGACCCCACGAAUUUGAUAUUUGAGAAAAUUCAAGGUUCAAGAUUCUUGGGAUGGGACUAGACCUAUGAUUUUUAUUGAUCAUAGAAAACUCCAGUGGAAUAACUCCCUCUUCCUUUGUAGUUGUUAUCUUCUCUGCUAUUUGUAUUCUUAGAAAUUGCUUAGAGAAAGAAAGAUUAAGUGACUUACUUAGUCAUACAAUUGGUACAUGUCAGAAAUAGAACUUAAUCUCAGGUCUUUCUGACUAUAAGGCCAGCUUUGUCCAGUCUGCCAGGCAGACGUGAUUCUUACUGAAUUAGAAAGUUCAAAAGCAGUGAUAAAACAUGAAAUCAAAAUUUGAACUGAUUUUGAAUGUAUUUUUUUCAAUGCUUUAUUUGCCAAUACCCACUAUUUUGAAGAUCAUAAAACUCUUUUGGGGUAACUUUCAACUAAUUUUGGAGAGAUUCAUUUUCUCUUCUAGUCCUCUCCAAACCCUUUUGCCCCAAACCUCCCAGGCUAAAUUAUUGAGAUUUGUUUGUGUUUUAGUAAUCCUGCAGGCGUUGCAAAUCCUAGGAGACUCUGUUUUAGAUGUGGUUCAUAUAUCUCUUUGUUUUUGUUUUUAUUGAGUGUAAUUCUGAAACUUUUAUGUGAAGAAAAUCCUGGGUGCUAUGGAGUUUUUGUAGUGAGUUUCCCAAAGAAGAAAAAAUGCCGUCUGAUCUUCAGUAGUACUCAUUUUUAAGUUCUUUGAAAGCACCGGAAAUGUGUUUGCAGUGAAACUGGAUACCUCUGGUCUGGAUUUGCUUUAACUCCACCUCUAGGUGGGUCUAAGCUUUUUGCUGUGGGAGAAAUGAAAGUGAAACUUAGCCGGAGCCAUUUUCUGUAAGCUGUGUGUUGUCUCUAUAGGACCGUGAGAAAAUGUUUUAUUUUCAUAUUAUCAAAGUUAUUCCUCUUUACUUUUAAACAGGGAUGUUAGACUGCAAAAGCUAUUAUACUAACCAAAGAACUAGUCUUUGAAACUUUACUGUCACCCUUAGUUCCUUUCUCCUUCUCUAGAGGGAAGUUUUCCUGUAGUUAAUGGAUUAGUUUACACCACGGGAGUUUCUUUUCUUGUGCUCAAAUAAGUGAGAUGAAUUAAGCUCAUCGGUAUGGACAAAUUUCAGGGGUGUUCCCUCGACAGAUACCGUAACCAUCAGGUCCAAGGCUAUGACUACAACAAAUCCAGACAGCAGCCGGGGCAGGGGUUCUAUCCCGAAAGAUUUCGAAGUCAGCAGAUAGAGUUCCUGAGGGGACAGCUCCCCGAAGUGCCCCUGAUCAGGGAGCAGCCGUCAACAUCAUCUUUUCUGCCCAGGGAGAGGCCACGAUUUCCAGGACCACCUGCUGGCGUGAGGCAGCCUGGGCACUGGAAUGCUGUAAGGCCGCCUCCUAGCAAUCCCUCACCCUGGAAAGGUUCAGCUUCCCCAAGAGGCAGGGCCACAUCGAGGCAAGGGGUGGCUAAGCUCACCUUUAAUUUCCAACAGCUGUCUAUCAAUCAAGAUCAGGAACAAAGGAUUUUGGAGCUUUUAGGGGAACUUAGAGAAGGGCAGUGUACUACGGUCUAUGAUCUUGCCAAAAAACUUGGGGUCCAAAAGAAAGAAGUAAAUCGAGUUUUGUACCAUCUACUGAAGCAGGGGAAGUUACACAGGGAAGAAGGCACACCUCCUGGCUGGAGGAUCCCAACCCAGUCCCAUGCUUGGAAACAAUCUAACCAAGUUGUGAGACAAGGUGUCAAAAAGGGUCCAAACAAAAACCCCAGCUUGGACUUCAAAGACAAAAGUUUCGAACCUGACUUGGAAGAUCCACUUGAUUUUGUCAACAUGACUGAGGUCAAGGAGAAAAUCUGUGCCUACUUAUAUGAUGUUCCAGAUUCCUCUGCCCUGAAUUUAGCCAAAAACAUUGGUCUUGCCAAGGCCCGAGAUGUCAAUACCUUACUCUUUGAUUUGGAAAGGCAAGGAGAUGUUAGAAGAGAAGGAUUUGCUCCUCCUAAGUGGUCACUGACGGUCAAAAAGCGAGAGAGGAUGCAACUUAAAAAAAAUGAAAAUGUCCCAGUAGGCAGCCACAGAUUCAAAACAGAUAACUCAGAUGGCACCACCACAUCAGCCAAAAGGAAAGAAGAAGAAAGUGUUGAGAACGGACAUCGGCCUUCAUCAGGGUCGGUAGAGGAUGACAAUGUGGCCAUCCCAGGAUUGUUUGAGGAACCCCAAGAACGAAACAAUAGCUUCUUAGACAUGAAGGUUGAAAAUGGUCAGUGGGCCACAGAUGACAUCCCAGAUGAUUUAAAUAGCAUUAAGCAUGGAGAUGACCUGCAGACCAUAAUGGAUCUACCCAACUAUAUGGCCCGUGUUGGUGCCUCAUCACAGUUCACAGCUAUCAAGAAACUGACAGCUUGCCGACAAAAGAAUCCAAUCAGUGGACUGCUAGAAUAUGCUCAGUUCACCUGCCAAACUUGUGAGUUCACACUCUUAGAACAGACUGGUCCAUCACAUGAACCCAGAUUUAAAUACCAGGCUGUGAUCAGUGGACGACGGUUCCCUCCAGCAGAAGCUGGCAGCAAGAAGCUGGCCAGGCAAGAUGCUGCUGCAAAAGCCAUGACAGUCCUGUUUCAAGAGUCUGGAGCCCAGGAGGAAGGGUUCUCACCAGGACUAUCUCGUCCCAUGGAGGAAGGACCAGAGAAGCCUUCAGUUCCAGAGUGUGAACCCUCUCCCAUCAGCCCCUCAAGCCUCCUUUUUGGGAAGAACCCCAUUAGUGUGUUGAUGGAGCAUGUGCAAAAAUCCGGGAGCACCUGUGAAUUCCUCCUCAUAUCCCAGGAAGGCCCAGCUCAUGACCCCAAGUUUAAAUACUGUGUAAAGAUGGGGAGUCAGACAUUUCCAACCAUGAUGGCCAAUAGCAAGAAGGCAGCAAAGCAGAUGGCAGCUGAGGUGGCUGUGAAGGCUCUCUGUGGAGAUCCUAACCUGACCCCUUGGAGCAGGCAGCAAAACAUUGACUACUUUAGUGAUCCUCCUGCACACUUUGCUGGCCUAGGAGAACCAACACCCAGCAAGGCAAAGAAGGUUGGGGAUCUUAUCAAAUACCUGAAUGCCAAUCCUAUCAGCGGUCUCUUUGAAUAUGCCCGGUCCAAUGGCUUUGCUGCAGAAUUCAAGUUGGUAGACCAAUCUGGACCUCCCCAUGAGCCCAAGUUCAUUUACCAAGCAAAGGUUGGGGGUCGUUGGUUCCCAGCUGUCAGCGCACACAGCAAGAAGCAGGGAAAGCAAGAGGCAGCUGAUGCAGCCCUGCGAGUCCUGAUUGGGGAGACUGAAAGGGCGAAGCGCAUAGGAGGCCUGGGCAUUUCAGAGCUUCCUCUGACUGGUAGUACCCUCCAUGAUCAGGUGGCCAUGUUGAGCCAUCAGUGUUUCAGCUCUCUCACUGCGCCCAUCCAGCACAACCUGCUUGGCCGCAAGAUCCUGGCCGCCAUCAUCAUGAAGAAAAGCGAUGACGACCUGGGCCUUGUGGUCAGCUUCGGGACAGGGAAUCGCUGUGUAAAGGGAGAAGAGCUGAGUCUAAAAGGGGAGACUGUCAAUGAUUGCCAUGCAGAGAUCAUUUCGAGGAGAGGCUUCAUCAGGUUUCUCUACCAUGAGUUAAUGAAAUACAGUUCCAUGUCUUGGAAAGAUAGUAUAUUCGAGCAUGCCCAUGGAAAUAAACUACAAAUCAAAAAGAACGUGACUUUCCACCUUUACAUCAGCACUGCCCCUUGUGGGGAUGGCGCCCUCUUCGACAAGACCUGCAGCGAUCCUCCAGAGGGUUUCACGGACGCACAGCAUCAACCCCUCUUUGAGAAUCCUAAACAAGGCAAGCUGCGCACCAAGGUAGAAAAUGGAGAAGGCACGAUCCCCGUGGAGUCCAGCGACAUCCUGCCCACGUGGGACGGCAUUCAGCAUGGAGAAAGACUGCGUACCAUGUCCUGCAGCGACAAGAUUCUUCGUUGGAACGUGCUUGGCCUGCAGGGGGCUAUGCUCUCCCACUUCUUGCAGCCUAUUUAUCUCAGCUCAGUCACUCUGGGUUACUUGUACAGCCAGGGCCACCUGACACGGGCAAUCUGCUGUCGUAUGUCCAAAGAGGAAAGUUCAUUCCGAGAAGGCCUAAAGCCUCCAUAUACUGUCAACCAUCCUAAGGUGGGCAGGGUCAGUGUAUAUGAUUCCACGAGACAGACUGGGAAAACCAAGGAGUCCAGCGUUAACUGGUGUGUGACUGACAGAGCUGAAAUUGAAGUCCUGGAUGGCACCAAAGGCAAAGUGGAUGGACCAAGACUUGAUGUGUCACGUCUCUCGAAGAGGAGCAUGUUCAGCCUGUUUCAGCAGCUGUGUGCCCACCAUAACCGCAAGGACCUCCUGAGGCUUGUUUCCUAUAAGGAAGCCAAGGAGGCUGCCCGGGACUACCAGGUGGCCAAGCGCUACUUCAUCAAAAGUCUGAAGGACAUGGGCUUCGGCAGCUGGAUCAGCAAACCUCUGGAGGAAAAGAACUUUUCCCUCUGUGAAGCAUAGUGUGCUCAGUCAGCUGGGUGUUCAGGGGUGUUUCAGGGUUUAGGGUGGGAGGUGGGUGAUAGCACUCUUUAUUAUGUUGUUUUGUUUUUGUUUUUAAUGGACCCAGGGUUGCAAUAUGUCAGGCUUUGGGUUCUCAUUUGUCCUGCCUCCUUUGGGCUUGUCAGGAUAGGGUAGUGUAAGCAAGGUCUUGCCACCACCUGUAUUCCCAGGGAAGAAGCAGACAUCUGUAGGGGAGAAAAAAGCUCUUCUAUCUCCUAAUAAGCAAAAGCAAUCAUUGGGCGAAUGCAAGACGUUCCCUUGAACUUUUUUUCUUUACUAUAUUUACUUCUUGAGAUCUUGAUUAGGUUCCAGUCGAACUUUUUGUGAUUCAAAGAUUGAUAUAAUUUGUGGAUUUUCCCAGGUCUUUUGGCUUCUCCACUUUCCCUUCUUUCCCCUUCCUUUUAACUGUCUGGCUACUCCAAAUUUCCCCCUGAAGAGGGUGAACAUAGUGGUUAAUUUCAAGUAUUAGACAAAAUAUUUACAAAGAGGUUGAAUUGACAGUCAAUUUUGUUAUCUGUGCCAGUAAAGGAAAGUAUUAAUAUAGUCAACUUCAACAGCUGAUCUACAUAGAAAACCUAGUAGUCAUAUUAUCCUUCUACCCAGUUGAAAGUGGGUAAAUGUGGAAAGCAUGAUGCUGGCUCAUAGCAAUAAUGGGAGUGAGGGAACAGAGGAGGAAAGACUUCCAGGGUUUUUGUUUUUUUGUUUCCCUGUGCAAUAGGGGCAAGAAUGCUACUGGGGAGGAAUGGAGUCCCCAAAUCUCAGCUAUUAUUAAACUCCAUUGCUAAUAAUUA